CAGCCCUACAGAAACAAGCCCAGCAGAGCGGGGGAGGGAUUAGGCUAGCGUGCAGUCUUGUCUCAUGUAUGUAAGGACCCCUCCCCGCCCCUGCCUGUGUUCCCUGUCCCUCCAGCGCAGACAACCAGUUCACGGGCUCCAUGGAGACCAACGUGGUGAUCCGCUACGACGGGCGGGUGAUGUGGGACUCCCCCGCCAUCACCAAGAGUUCCUGCAAGGUGGACGUCUCCCACUUCCCCUUCGAUGGGCAGCAGUGCCGACUGACCUUUGGCUCGUGGACAUACAACGGCAACCAGAUCGACCUCGUGAAUGGGCUGGACACAGCCGACCUGACUGACUUCGUGGAGAACGUGGAGUGGGAGGUGCUAGGCAUGCCAGCCAAGAGGAACGUCGUCAUCUACGGUUGCUGCUCGGAGCCCUACCCCGACAUCACCUACACGCUGAUUCUCAAGCGACGCGCCUCCUUCUACAUCUUCAACCUGCUCCUCCCCUGCAUCAUGAUCUCCUUCCUGGCUCCGCUGGGUUUCUACCUCCCAGCCGACUCUGGGGAGAAGGUCUCCUUGGGAGUGACAGUCCUGCUGGCACUCACCGUCUUCCAGUUGCUGGUGGCAGAGAGCAUGCCGCCCUCCGAGAACGUGCCACUGAUUGGGAAGUAUUACAUUGCCACCAUGACCAUGAUCACAGCCUCCACCGCGCUGACCAUAUUCAUCAUGAACAUUCACCACUGCGGCCCAGGAGCCAAGCCCGUGCCCAGGUGGGCCAAGAAGUUCAUCCUGCAGUACAUGGCCCAGCUAUUUUUUGUCUACGAGGUGGGGGAGAGCUGCAAAAGUCCCAAGCGGCAACUGGGCCACCGGCCCACGGUCCAGGUGGUGAGCGGCAGGGCCGCCAAGGAGGAGCAGAAAGCCCAGACAAGGGAGGAGAACUCGGAUGCGACGUGCCGGGAAGAGUCUUUGCAGCAGGAAUUGCUGCAGCAGGGGCUCAGCAGUCUUUCUGGCCAGCAGGACUGGAAAGAGACCGGGACAUGCAAGAACCUAGAGUGCAGCCGGGAGGGGCAGCAGCACCAAGUCUGUGUGAAGAGCCCGUGCCUUUGCCACCACAACAGCCUGCUGAGGAACGUCGAGUACAUUGCCAACUGCUUCCGGGACCAAAAGGCAGCUCAGAAACGGAGCGGCGAGUGGAAGAAAGUGGCCAAGGUCAUGGAUCGCAUCUUCAUGUGGGUCUUCUUUGUUAUGGUCUUCUUCAUGAGCAUGCUCAUCAUGGGCAAAGCCAUCUGAAGAGCCCUCGGCACGCAAUGCCCACUAGUUAGCUAGGACCUUUCCUCUUGCCCUGUCGGAGCUGCGGGUGCACAUGCGUGGGCGGCCUGGGAUGGUCCAUCCCGGGGCUGCUGUGGAAAGCAUUGCACGUGAGGUCUCACUAAUAGCAUAUUCUCCUAAUUCCAUAGCGAUCUAUUCUUUGGCAAUCCUAGAACCCGUCUUCCCCCAUGAGGAUGGCACCUGUU